AUGAUCAUCGUGAAUGGUGCUCCACCUGUUCCUCUGGUGGAAGCACCCAAAAAUCCCCAGGCAACCGCUCCAGAGACCCCGCCAGAAACCCCUACAAACAACCCUACAACAGAAGACCCCACAGAGGAUCCUACGGACACUCCAACAGAAGAACCUACAGAAGAUACUAUAGAAGACCCUGAGGAUGACCUUGAGGACAACCCUGAAGACGACCCUGAAGACGAUCUCGCAGAUGAACCUACAAGUACGACUUCGGAGAUCUACAGACUCCCUGUUCUCCCUGCAGGAAAGCUAUGGCCGUCAUGGGAGACCGGGCUAGCUGAAAUCAACACAUUUGCUCGCGGGGAAGGGUAUGCAGUGGUCAAGGCGCGAUCGAAGCCAUCGAAGAAGGGUGAACUGAGGUUAAUUUCCUUGCGGUGUGACCGUGGAGGUAAAUAUGAAGGGCAACCAAGGAGUCGCAACACAUCAACACGCGCACUUCGAUGUCCAUUUGCUGUGUCACUACGCCGACAAUUGCCAUCGAAAGAAUGGCUACUAGUUCACGCGAACAUCACACACAACCACGAGCCUUCGCCACCAUCUACACAUCCUGUCCACCGAAGAGCGGAUCUACGAGCUCAUCAAGCAGAAAUUGAUCGCUAUCUACGCCUCACACCUCUUACUACUCAGCAAAUCCUUCUGUUGCUUAAGGAUGCUAAUCCGGAUAUUUGUCUCCAGGCACGAGAUAUCUAUAAUCGUCGUCGGGAGCUCAAAGUAGCUGGAAAAAUAUCCUGA